GUUGAACGCCUUUGUUUUAUUCCUGUGCGAGGUGCCCUUCUGCUGCCAGUUCAUUGAGUUCGCCAAUGCCGUGGCGGCCCGCGCCGACCGCUUCCGACCCUGGCAGAAAUCCUUCUUCUACUGCGGGAUGGCGCUGUUCCCCAUCUUCCUGAGUUUCUCCUUCACCACGCUGUUCGGGAAUGCGAUCGCCUUCGCCACCGGGGUCUUGUAUGGCCUGGCAUCUCUAGGGAAAAAGUAAGAGCACUCUUAAAGCAGCAUUUUUUCA